AUGUUCGCCCUAGAAUUCCCGCAGGGAAGAGUUCUUCCGCCGAGUGAAAAAGACGUGGACUUGGGCCCAUCGGACACUUGGACGCCCCAGAGUUGGCGAAAGCGUGAGACAAUUGCGCAAGAGAUUGAAUACAAGGAUCCCUUGGCGCUCGAAGAAGUCCUGAGCACCGUGGCCUCCUUCCCCCCUCUCGUGAGCACCGUGAAGAUUGAGCUUGCCCGGCGGCACUUCGCAGCAGCCGCUCGCGGAGAAGCCUUUAUCCUCCAGGGUGGAGACUGUGCCGAAAGCUUCCAGGACGUGCGGCCCCUGAUCGUGCAACAGAAGCUGCAGCUGCUCCAUGAACAAUCACGGCUGAUCAGCGGUGCCUUGGGUCUACCCGUGGUCACCGUCGGAAGAAUCGCUGGGCAAUAUGCCAAACCGCGCUCUUCUGCCUUCGAAACACUGGCCGACAGAUCCCGCGUCUACAGCUUUCGCGGCGAAAACGUCAACGGGUUCGACGCGGACGACCGCACACCGGACCCCAACCGACUGCUGCAGGCAUAUUUCCACUCCCGCGCGACAUUAGACCUAAUGAAAGCCUGCCCAUCUCUGCCAACGCCCCCGUCAGGCGACCCCGUGGCUUCUCCCGGAAAAGACCUCUUCCACACCAAUAUCCUGCACGAGCUCGGACAGGGGGCCAUCUUCACAUCGCACGAGGCCCUGCACAUGCCCUAUGAGAGCGCCGUCACCCACGGCCGCUACAACACGUCCGCCACGUUCGUCUGGAUCGGCGAGCGCACCCGCCAGCGGAACGGCCCGCACGUCGAGUACAUCCGUGGGAUCCGCAACCCCAUCGGCAUCAAAGUGGGCCCGACCAUGCGACCACAGGAACUCGUCGAUCUGCUGGAUUCCAUAGUGCGGCCUCAAGACGGACAAGACACCCAGGAUGGCCGAGUAACACUCAUCACGCGCCUGGGCGUCGAUCAGGUUGAGACGGUGCUGCCGCCGCUCAUCCACGCCGUGCGGCAAGCUGGUCACACUCCCGUCUGGAUGUGUGAUCCCUGCCACGGCAAUACUAGAAGCACGCCUUCGGGGAUCAAGACGCGCUGCGUGGAAACUAUGGUGCAAGAGAUCGUCCGCACCUUCGACGUGCACCGCGCCAAUGGGUCGUUCAUGGGCGGUCUCCACCUCGAACAGACGGGUGAGUUCGUCACAGAGUGUGUUGACGCUUGGGAUACGUAUGACGAGCGGGAUCUCACGACGAACUACCGCAGUCUCUGUGACCCGCGGUUGUCGUAUAUCCAGGCCUUGACGGUGGUGCGCUCGUUUCUCGAUCAUGUCCACCGUGCGACCAAAGUCAAUAGUCCGUGA